CUCCCAGCGCUCCCCACGCCGGGUCCGCGGAGGCUGUUGCCGGGCGCUCCCGAAGCCGCUCAGCCCUGCCCCUGCCCCGGAGGCUCCGGGAGCUGCACAAAAGCGCCGCCGGCUCGCCCGCCCCGGGCGCUGCAAGGCUGGGACCCGGCCCCGCCGCCCCUGGCUUUGUGGCCCGGGCCCUCCGCGGCUCGCUGGCGGUGGCUUCCCCCAAAUCCAAGCAGAUGGGCCCAUUGUUUCGCUCGGCCCCCCCUUCCCGGAGGCUGCUGAUGGCAGGAGCCUAUUAGGAUGCAAAUGCCGGGCUGCCGGGAAUAGCCCUCCCGCUAGCCGCCCGCGCGUGUCCAGUCCAGCGCUCUGGACCCGAGGCGGGGGCAGACCCUAGGCCUGUCUUGCCCAGUCUCUGGUGUGGCCCCGGGGCAGAGAGCGUGCGCCAGGUCGUGGAGUUGCCUUUCGAGGCCAACUUUUGUGAUCGUGUUGGGAGGUGUCGAGUUCAGGUGAGCGUGGGAGGCUAUGGGAUGGAUGAAGCCGAGCAAGACCAGUAUGAAGCCCGCCUCAAGGAGCUCUUCGACAGCUUUGACAGCACCGGCACGGGGUCCCUGGGGCAGGAGGAGCUCACCGACCUGUGCCACAUGCUGCACCUCGAAGAGGUGGCUCCCGCACUGCAGCAGACCCUCCUUCAGGGCAACCUUCUCGGCAGGGUUCACUUUGACCAGUUUAAAGAAGCACUGAUCCUCAUUUUAUCCAGAACCUUAUCAAGCGAGGAGCACUUCCAAGAGCCAGGUUCCCCCCCGGAAGCACAGCCCAAAUACAUUAAAGGCGGGAAGCGCUAUGGCAGGCGGUCCUUGCCCGAGUUCCAGGAAUCGGUGGAAGAGUUUGCCGAGGUGACUGUGAUCGAGCCGCUGAAUGAAGAAGCACAGCCCGCGCACAUCGCUUCCAGCGACUGCCACGAGCACUGGAAGACUCAGGACAGUGAGGAGUACGAAGCAGAAGGCCAGUUAAGAUUUUGGAAUCCAGACGACUUGAACGCCUCACAAAACGUGUCUUCGCCCACCCAAGACUGGAUAGAAGAAAAACUGCAAGAGGUUUGUGAGCACCUCGGCAUCACCAGGGAUGGUCACCUGAACAGGAAGAAGCUGGUCUCUAUUUGUGAGCAAUAUCUGCUGCAGAACGUGGAUACCGAGGUGCUCGAAGAAGUAUUCCAUAAUCUUGAGCAAGAUGGCACAAUGAGCGUGGAAGACUUCUUCUAUGGCUUAUUUAAAAAUGGAAAAUCACUCACACCAUCAGCAUCUACCCCCUAUAGACAGCUGAAGAGGCACCUUUCCAUGCAGUCCUUUGAUGAGAGUGGGAGACGCACCACGACCCCCUCAGCCAUGACCAGCACAAUUGGGUUUCGAGUUUUCUCCAGCCUGGACGAUGGCAUGGGCUAUGCGUGUGUUGAGCGGAUACUUGACACGUGGCAUGAAGAGGGGAUUGAAAACAGCCACGAAAUCCUGAAGGCCUUGGAUUUCAGCUUGGAUGGAAAGGUUAACCUGACAGAGCUCACUUUGGCUCUGGAAAACGAGCUUUUGAUUACUAAGAAUGGGAUCUACCAGGCAGCGCUGGCCAGCUUCAAAACCGAGAUCAGGCAUUUACUGGAGCGAGUUGACCAGGUGGUCAGAGAGAAGGAGAAGCUGCGGUCAGACUUGGAGAAAGCAGAGAGGCUGAAAUCUCUAAUGGCCUCAGAAGUGGAUGACCACCAUGCCGCGAUUGAACGGAGGAAUGAAUACAACCUCAGGAAGCUGGAUGAGGAGUACAAAGAGCGCAUUGCAGCUUUAAAGAAUGAACUCCGGAGAGAGCGGGAGCAGAUUUUGCAGCAGGCUGGUAAGCAGCAUGUGGAGUUGGAGCAGGAAAUGGAGAAGCUGAAAACAGAAGAGAACUACCUCCGGGACCGGCUCACCCUGGCCCUGAAGGAAAACGGACGGUUGGAGAGCGAGCUGUUGGAAACUGGGGAGAAGCUGGCCGAGUGCGAGAGCCUGACGAGCAAGCUGCAGAGGAACUUGGAGAACGUCCUUGCAGAGAAGUUUGGCGAUCUUGAUCCCAGCACUGCAGAGUUCUUCCUUCAGGAGGAGAGACUGGUUCAAAUGAAAAUGGAGUAUGAGCAACAGUGCAGAGAAUUGCAAGACCGGAUUGACGAGCUUCAUUCUGAGUUGGAAGAGUACCGCACUCAAGAGAGAGUCUUCAGGCCUUCUCUGAAAAGCUCGCUCUCUGAGGAGUUGGAUGCUAAAAGCAGUGUUGAACCAGACCAAGGACUGGGCUCAGAGGAUUGUAAUCCAUUAAACAUGAGCAUAGAAGCAGAACUGGUCAUUGAACAAAUGAAGGAGCAGCACCACAGGGAUCUACAUCACUUGAAGCAAGAGCUUGAAGAUGCAAUGAGCCAUUAUGAAAGGCAGCUAGAUGAGACCAAGACUCAUUGUGAAAAGGAGCAAGAAGACAUGAGGAGGAAAUACAACGAAGAGAUGCAAAUGCUGGAAAACCAAGUAAGUGGCCUUAAAAACCAAAUCGUAGGACUCAAGGGAGAGGCAGCGACGCUCAAGGAGGAACAGGAAAGGACUGUCCGUCAACACCAUGAAGAGAGAAACCAAUUGCAGAUGACCUUUGAGGAGGAAAAGGCUAAUCUCCAAAAACUGGCGCUGGACCAUGAAGAAGACCUGCGAGUUAAAAUGGAGCAGGUGAAAGAGAGCUUCAGCCAGGAGCGAGAGGAGCUGAUUCAGAACGGUGCUUGGCUAGAGGAGAAGAUGCAAGUUCUGGUGCAGACGCUGCAAGAAGAGAAAGGGGAGCUGGAGCAAAACUUCCACGAGCAGCUGAAAGGGCUGAUGGAGCAGCACGUGAUGGACAAGGAGGAGCUGCGGCAAGAGUUUCUGGAAAGGCACAGGCAGGAGCUCCAAGAGGAAAGGGAAAAAACAGAGACUGAGUAUAAUAGAAGAAUGUCUCGUACAGAAACUCAGUUUUCUGUUGACCGACAAAUGCUUGUGAACAAGUAUGAAGAAACAAUGCAAAAGCUCGAAGAGCGCUACCAGCAAGAGUUGCGUGAACUCAGGGAACAGCACUGUGAAGAGAAAUCCCAGUGGGAAUUUGAAAAGGAUGAGAUAGUCCAGGAAUCUGCUGAAGCCCAAGAACAACUGAAGGCGGCCCUGGAGAAAGAAAAGGCUGCCUCUUCUGCGCUAACCCAGGAGAGAGAGCUCCUGGAGAAGCAACUCAAGGACCAGGUGAACAAGUUGGUGUGCGAGAAGCAGCAGCUUGAAAAGGAGCUGGAAGAUCUGAGAAAUGCUUCGAAAGAACAAGAGAGCAAGUUGAAUAAUAAGAUACGGCAGCUUCAAAGCAACUAUGAAAGAGAGCUACGAGACAAAGAAGAGCAUGCAUUUAUGAUGGAGGAAAAUAGAAAGCUCAAACAACUUGAGACCGAAUAUGAGCAAGAGCGACGGGAACUGAAUUCCAAACUUCAGGCUUUCGAGGGCGUGAACAAAGAGAUGCACAAUCGGGCUGAAAGAGAGAGGGCAGAGCUGAGUUUGGAGAUCUCGGGUCUUCAAGAAAAAGUAAAGGGAUUGAAGCAGGAAGCACUUAACUUCUCCAGACUGCAAAAUGACUACAGCGCCUUGGCAAACAAAUAUGCAGCGAUAAAGGACAAAGUUUCUGCACUCUCCGACGUGCAGCUGCUGGAGGAAGACGCAAAUGUUCUUAUAACCCUUCAAAAAGUGCAUGAGCAGGCAGUGAAAGAGAACGUGAAAAUGGCCUCUGACCUUACCAAGCUGCGGCAGAGGUUACAAACGCUGGAGCAAGAGCGGGUGCAGCCGUCACGUCGUGACCAAGUAGAUGCUGAGAUUGAAGAACCCAAGCUGCAAGAUGAGAUGGGUCCGGAGGGGAGCAAUGCCAGCAGUCUGGACGACCUGCGAGAUGACUGGAACAAGAUGGACAAGGGAUCAGACUGGAACCCGCUUCUGUUGUUGGAGGUGAAAACAAAGCAACUGGAAGAAAUGAUUGAGGUUCACUCCGGCCUCGAGCAGACGUAUGAAGAAACCAGAGGGGAAAACCACGCUCUUAAAAGGAAGAUUUGUCAGCUGCUGGAGCGUGUGGUGGGCUUGGAAGCAGAAUGUAGUCAAGCUGCCAACAAGAAGCAAGAUCUGGCUUCCAAAAUCGCCGUGCUGCAAAGGAAGCAGUCACAGCUUGAGAAGGUCCUGGAGACCGUUCCCAAGUUGAAGAUGUAUGAAGAUGAUCAAGGAGAGAGCGACUGUCUUCAGGAAAAUACCAACCUGGCUGCAAGAAGUGCAGGGCUUUGUUCUGAUGUGUCAAGGUGGCAGACUGAGCUAACAAAGGCUGAGGAAGGAACCGAAGCCCCUCUCCAGCAUGAGAAGGUAUAUGGAGCUGCAAAAAGAGAGCAUGGAGAACUGAAACAUCUAGUACCUUGGCCUAGGGACAAGACGGAAGAGCUAGAAGAAAGAUCAGUGGUGCAGCUGAAACUCCUGGCAUUGCAAGAAGAAAUCCAGCUGGAAAACCAGGCCCUGAAAUCUGAGAUGAGACAGUUAAUUGAAAAAAAUAGUCAACUGGAAGGGUACGUACCUAGGCUCACAAGCCUGCAGCACAGGCUGGAAGAAAGUAGCCAAGAAAUUGUGAAACUCCGGCAGGAAAAAACACAGCUCCUAGAAAAGCUCAAAGAAAUGGCAGAUGCGCAGGAAAAAAUGGACGUGCGCAGCGAGAACCUCGGACUGCAGUGCACGCUCGGAAAACUGGACACCCUGACUGCAAGGCUUCACGUGCUGCAAGACCAGCACGGGCAGUGCGAAAGCGCCUCGAAGGAGAUGGCGGCGGAGAAGAGGGAACUGCAAGAGCUGAAUAAAAAACUGAGAGAGAGAGUGGCCGCCUUGGUGCAGGAAAAAGACACGUGGGCUCAAGGCGGCAAAGAGGAGUUGAAUUCAGCCAUCCACGACUUGCAAAGCACGUGCAGCGACCUGCAGCAAAAAGUGGAGCUCCUGAGAUGUGACGCUGAGAAGCUCAGAGAAGAAAAUGCUCUUCUGAAGAAUGAAAUAGCACUAUUGAAUGAAGAAGGUAGUGUUUCUCACCUCAAAUUAAGAGAACUGAGUGGAUCUCGAGAAGAAAUGUGGCAAAAAAUAGAAGCCGAGAGAAAAGAGAAAGUGGCUGUGCAGAAGAUGGCGGAUAACCUGAAGAAACAGGUGUUGGAUAUGAAAGCCAGGAACCAGCAGCUGGAGUUUGAAAGUGCAGAAUUAAGGCAAAAAAAUUCCAAAAACCAAGUGGAUGUGCAGGAUCUGAAUCAACGGCUGGCAAGGCUGCUGAAGCAGAAGGAGAAGGAAGCGGGGAAAUGUACUUUGGAGGAAUGGGAAAGGGAGAGAUCUAAGCUGAAAGAGGAACUGGAAAACUGUAAAGUUAAGUCAUCAGCUUUGGUAUCUUCCUUGGAGGCAGAGCUGUCUAAAGUCAAGGUUCAAACCCAUACGCUAGAACAGGAAAAUCACCUCCUUAAACAGGAACUGGAGAAGACCAAACAGCCGCCCAGGUGUCCUGAUCUCUCCGAUUGCCAGAAUGAAAUUUCUAGUUUAAUCACUAAAACUGAAAAGCUGUUGAAAGAGAAAGAAGUCCUGAGUGAAGAACUCAAUAGAUGUGUUGAUAAGGUGGCUAAAGUGAACUACUUGGAGAAUGUAAUUGUGGGCUUGAAGCAGGAGCAGAAGUCCUGGGAGCAACAAAAUCAGAUGCUGAAAACACAACUCAUGGUUUCACAGGAAAAGGUCCAGAGUCUGGACGAAGCACUACAAAAUAUCAACCUUCAAAUGUCACGACUCAAAUCAGACCUCCGGGUGACCCAGCAGGAGAAGGAAGCUCUUAAGCAGGAAGUGAUGUCACUGCACAAGCAACUCCAAAAUGCCAAUGAUAAGAAUCGGGUUCUAGAACUGGCCGUGACUUCUUCAGGGCUGCAAAGCCAGCAGAAGAAGCUCUGCUGGGAUGAACUGGAUCAGCUAAUGAAACAGGAGCAGCAGCUACUGAGGCAAGAGAAUGAGAGGCUCCAGAGAGAAAUCCAGACCACUAAAACAGAUCUCAGUCAUUCUAGGGAGAAGAUUCGGCAGCUGGAAUCUAACAUCCUUUCCCUGAAACACCAAAAACAUCAAAGCCAGUCGGGUAUUAUGAAAGCCAUAGAGCAGGAGAAAUUAAGCUUGAAGAGAGAGUGUGAACAGCUUCAGAAGGAACUGUCCUCUGCAAACAGGAAGAUCAGUCAAAUGAAUUCGCUUGAACGCGAAUUGGAGACCAUCAACUUGGAAAAUGAAGGGCUAAGAAAAAAACAAGUCAAAUUGGAUGAACAACUUAUGGAGAUGCUACACUCGAGCUCCAAUGCGAUGCUUAGCCAGUCGCAGCACACUCGGGAGCUGCCGCAGCUCCAGCAGCAAGGCUGUACCAUGGUGCCCAAGGAGCAGUUCCAGCAGCUCCAACAUCAGCUGCUUCUGGCAGAAAGGAGGAAUCGGCGCCUGCAGGAGGAACUUGAAAACCAACCCUCAGAAACAAACAUGCCACAGGGAGGUAAUGACCAGCUUCUAAAAGUGAUGGAAGAACGUAUGAUGGAUGUUGAACAGAAACUGAGGCUUGUGAAGAGGCUUCUCCAAGAUAAAGUAAAUCAACUGAAAGAGCAACUUUCCAAGAAUACUAAAGCAGAUGCGAUGGUUAAGGAUCUCUAUGUUGAGAAUGCGCAAUUGCUGAAAGCUCUGGAGAUGACAGAACAGCGGCAGAAAACAGCUGAGAAGAAAAACUACUUACUAGAAGAAAAAAUUGCCAAUCUCAAUAAAAUAGUAAAGAACUUGGUAUCACCAUCACUGAAUUCCACACCUCCGUUAAGGUCAAAAUAAAGCCAUAUGUAUGUUGACAAGUUCAUGCACUUUACUGAAAUGUCAAGAUUUCAGCUUUUCGCUAUGCUGCCUUUUUGUACUAUUAAUGUUAGUUAAUAGAGGUCUCAAAGUCAGCGGUAUAAAGUUAAUGCCUAAAUCAGAAGCUGCCAACAAAUUUCUGGUUUGCAUUCCCAAACUAUCUUCCUGCCCAUUUUUGUCUAAAACUAGGCAUUUCAGGAUUGCAAAGAGAUUCAGAUGUGUUAUUCCAGGUAAUUUAUUCUAGUCUUUUAAUUGCCUUCAGUUUUUAAAUAUGAUCUCUGAAUUUAUUAUAGUGAAUCCACUUGGUAAUUCUCAUCUGCAUUGAAACCUAGAUCUCAAGCUUUUAAGUUGUGUAGAAUACUUUAAUAUUUAAACUCAACAUAUCACUGGGUCCCUUCAGAGUAACAAGGUCCUUACUGGGAAGUAAUGGACCUUACUGGAAUGGACCUUACUGGAAGUAAUGGUCCUUACUGGGAAGUGUACAUCAUCAGUGUUUCCUGUAUGCUGCAGUUUGAUUCUACAAGAUCCCUAAAUCAAUACUCUCUGCCUUAUUUAGUACUUGCAGCCAGUCGAUCAGUGGUGUUUUCUCCCCAGAGUUCAAGCUUUGGCUGUAACUGUAUAAGUAGACUGUUAUCUUCAACCAAGCAUAACUGUAUUUUCUCUUGAACAUCUCAGCUGAUAAAUGGGAACAUGAGUUCUGUAUAGUUGCACUGCCAACCAAUGAAAACCUCCUACAAUUUUAGGCCUUAAAGUGUCUCCCUGUGUAAGUACGUUUUCAUUUUCUUUAGCCUGUGAUAAUGUAUAUCAAGAUCCUCUAACAGACGACCUAGGCCCAUUCAGAGUUUUUUAUUCGACUACAAUGGGACUCAGCAUAGACUUUGCUAGUACGCCGGUACAGGUUAGGUUUGUGACGGGUAAUGAUGCAUCUUCAAGGCACCUCAGCAACUCAGGGAAUGUUAGAAUGAAUUGGCUUCCUGUACUGAUAGAGAUCUUCAUACUUGCAUAUGAAAACAACAUUCAAGCUUUAGGAAAAAACAGGAUAAACCAAAUGUUAAGGUCUAAUAGGACCAGGUUAAAAAAAAAAAAAAAGGCCAGCAAAUGUUUAAGUUAAAUGUUCAUGUGAAGGGGAUUGAUGACAGGGACCAGACUGAGAUCUUCACUUUCUGAAACUUUCAAAGUACAGUGUAAGCAGUGGGUUAUGGAGGAAGGGGUAAAAAAUGAUUGUCCUGUCUUUGAGACUACCAAAAGGUGCUAAUUAUGACAGUGUGUGUAAAAUAGCAGCAAUCCACUAAAAGCUAGUAUGAGACUGCCCACAAGAUACCAGCUAGCCUACAAAGAAUGACUUCACUGACUCUUAUUUUGCCAGGUGCCACAGUUUGCUAAGGAAGCACUGUAAAGGAUGUUAGGUCUAAAACUUGACUAACUGGAGGGUAGGAGGUUUGGAUUGAGUAGAUAUAGGGUAUAACUGUUUCUUGUAAGGUUAAUCUGCUCAGUUCCUUUAUGCAGCUAAUGAAAGGAAUAUUAUUAUACUCUAGAUAGAGAUGUUUAUCAUUUUUGUUGCAUAUAGAAAUGAGGAAGCUUAACACAACAUGGAUUCUGCACAAGUUUCUUGAUGAAAAGGUUGUAAUGAAUAAUACAGGGUUGCAUUUACAAUAAAAUCAGUUUGCAUGCAGUGCUAAUUUUUUAAACCCCUAAAACUUUUAAGAUCCAUUAAACAAAUCUUUUAACAGGUUUAUGACAAUGAUAGUUAAAAGUAGUUAGGACCUAUGCAAAGCAUGACAUUCUUAGUUAGAAAUUACUUCCCAACUGUGCUAGUUUUCUGUCUGUUUACUCUCAAUCUUCUAUCUUUAUAAAUAAUCUUUCAAUAUCUGAUCUCUGUGCCCUUUUUUCAUUACCUGCAGAAGCAGUCUAUCGCAUAUUGCAUUACAAUACAUGGGAGUUCCCUCUAAAUUCCAGAGUAUAUAUAUUUUGCUUCUGCUAAUACUUAAGCUGUAAAAAUAACAUUCAUAAAACUCAGAUGCAUGGGUAGUGUUACUAACUUCUAUUAGCAAUAAAAAAAAUUGAGAACACCUUACUCUAAAGAAACAUCUAAAUUAGGAAAAAUGUAUUUGAAACGGUACUGUCAACAGGGUUUAAUUGGCUGUGGUUGUUCUAUGAACAGCUGUUCAAUAACCCUUUCAACAAUUUUCUUAGACCAAACCUGACCUGAGUUAAAUCCCAUGUUUUGUCAUGUAUUUUAGUCUGCCCUUAAUUUUAAACCAUGGUGUAAUUUCAUAAUCUCACAUGACAAAUCUUUUUAAAGGAUAGGCCGCUCACUCAAAUAUUUCCUUCCUGGCGUUAAUUUUUUCUUUAAAAUAUAUAUAUUAAUCAGAAAUGUCUAGAACAUCGGCACUGCCAAAAACAAUCGAGCUUUGGCUAGGUGCCCAUUGUAGAGUAGCUGUCCAGAUUAAAAGGCAGGCAGGCAGUUCUAGUUCUCCCCUGCUAUUCCAGUGUCUCCAUUCUUCCUGGCGGCUACAAAUGCUAAGAAGGAGCAAGAAGGAAGUUUAGCCUCUUAGUUCUAGCAAAACUUAACUGACUUUAUCAGGAUAUCAGGUCUAAGCACCAAAUUCUCAAAGGGCCUGUCUGCAUGCUUUGGAAAAUGCAAUGUUACACUGCUCAGAGCAUAGAGCAAGAAGAGAGAAAAUAGUUGUGAAUCUUAGGACCCAAAGACUGAUGCUCCGCAUCAGUGAAAUGUUUGCUUGACCAUUGAGCUGGCAUGAUUGCUUACAUAUUUUUUACAGUGUUUGGACUGGUGGAAAUAACCUGCAAAGGGCUAAGUAUUUAUGGUGUGUGUGUGUGUGUGUGUGUGUGAAUAUAAACCUAGCUAUACACAAUACAGGCAUUUUAAAGAUGCCAAAGUAUUUAAUAGUAAGUUAAAGUGCACUCAAAACUUGAACUGUGAGGCCUCAUUCAAAAUGAUGGACCUUGCCAAUUCAGACAUUAUGAUGUUACUAGUGCUUUAAAGACCAAUGUGUCCUACACUAUGCCAUGUGAAUCACUGUGAAGAUGUGUGGUUUUUGAUAGAGGAUAGAUGUAUGAGUUCACUCAACCACUUGUGUGAAAGUAUUAUAUCUGCACAGGUAAGAAGCUGUUUGCUGAUUUGCUUUGGCAAAAGCAUAUAUUAGCCCAUUUUCUCUUGCAAUUGAAGCUCACUUUAAAUGCAAAGAGGAAAUUCUUUGAAUUCAUCAGAACAAAAAGAUUAUAACCCAACUGGCAUUAGUUAUUUAUAGAUACUGUAUAAAAUGUGAAGCAAGGGAACUGGGUGUUUCAGUAAAGAACAAAAAAAUCUAUCGGUAUGUUUAAAGGAAUUGUAUCACUAGGAUAACUGCAUUUCAACCUUCUUCCCCAUGAAUCGCUUCUGUUUCCACUAUAUGUCAAAUACUGUAAUUACUGACAACUUAUGUAUUGAUGAAUAUCAGUAUGGGUAUUUUUCUAUCGAGGUUGCAUUUCCUUUGUAAUAUAACAACUUUAUAUAAUCAUGUAAACAUGAAAGAUGAGCCAUCCUAUACAGUGUGUAUAACUAAUGUAAAAAUGUGUAUAAUUAAUGUAAAAAUAAA